CUCCCUGACUUUCUACUUUCGAGUCUUGUGCAUCUAUAUUGAGACCAUUUUGCGACUCCCGGGGAUACGAGGUGAUGUUCCUGAUGAUGUUGUCUGGACUGAGUUACACAAAGAUGUAAGAAUAGGAGCCAGAGCAGUCCUGACAUGUCGGUUUCAAGGUUCACCAUUGGCUGUCUAUUGGAAGAAAGGAUAUGAUCCUAGACGAUCACCAAAUCUUGUCUCAUGGAUCCCAACUGAUGACGCUACCGGUGAAUGUCAACUUCAUACGGUGUGUGAGAUCAUGAAGAUGAAUGAAAAUUAUUCGUUGAUCAUCAAGGACGUCGGCAUUUCCGAACAAGGUCGAUAUAUCUGUAGAGUUGCAAACUACAAGGGGAACAUCAUACAAAAUUUUACAGACGUUAGUUUAUAUGCUCCCCCGGAAGAAACCUAUCCAGUUAUCGAUGAGUGUAUUAAUAGGUCAUCGGUCAGCAAUCCAGAGCCUUGCCGUGUUCCAACCAACAAAACUAUUACCUUAACCUGCUCAGUGACCAAUUACUACCCAUAUAUAAAACUUUUCUUCCUACAUGGAACUAAACAGAUGACUACCAUACAUAAUGAGGAGCAAACUAAUGUUGAUUCAACAAAAAGCAUGUCGAUUUCCAUCGAGGCUAGCCCAAGUGAAACUUUAUACACAUGCGUUGCGUCAGAUGUACCCGGAUCGAAAGAACGGAAAGCCGCAUCGGUCUUGGUGGGAUCAUCUCUUUCAAUUCCCGCGGAAACGAUACCAGUAACUGUCGAGACUAUGAAAGAAGGAAUUCCUGUAACCAUAGCAGUGAUAAUUGCUAUUUCGAACGUUCUCCUUGGGGCUGCAGUGGUGCUUUACAUUUGGCAUGUUUGGUGGAAACGUAGACAACGGUGGAAUAGAAGGUAAUCUUGCUAGAAAUUACAAUUAGCAUAAAAAGCAUUUAUGGCCCUAAUUAAUGCUGAAAAAAUUACGAAUUGACUAACAUAGAAUACAUAUAGGUCUAAGCAUUUCUUGUUGUUGAAUUGUAAUACUUUAUCAAUAAAAUGUACCGAGGAAUGUGAGGUGGUACCUUUAUGGCGAAAGUAAAUCAUGAUAUUCCAAUCAGGGCGCAUCAUUGGACUGGUUCAAGAGUUACUUCGCUUGCAGGACACAAUUGGUCCCUAUAAAAAGGAUUGACUCUCUUUUACAGAUGGAUAAUGUCACAUGUGCUGUUCAAGUCCUCUGUGAACUCUCCUUGGUCUGUUACUUUAUUUAUACAUUAAUUGUUUUCAAUAGACCUCUGGGGAGGGUUUCAUCGACAUUUUUGUCUCUACAGAUUGUUAGAUCUGACAUCUUUCCUUGAUUUUGAUUGGCUGAGAAGCGCUGUUACUAUCAUAAUUGUCAGAUAAAACGUGUUUUCAUAAAAUGCUUGAUCUUUCAUCGUGAAUUGUAUUCAUGUCUUUUUUAGUUAGUGUUGUCAAACAAAAACCUAUAGUCCUAUUUAAAAAUGUAAUUGGUGAAUUAAUGAUAGUCACUUUGUGGAUUGAAUUAUCUACAGAAAACAAAUUAUAUGCUCUUUAAGCAACACAAGAUAAAGAGAUUCCAAGAGAUGUUACGUUUAAUGAUCUACUGAGUAAUAACGACAAAGGUCUGAGGUCAUUGCACAUGGAAAAUCAUGUCUUCAAGCCUCCAACUCCACCCUAAAAAAAUGGAAUACAAUUUCAAAUCCUUCUUCCAAAUCGUUAUUUAUGAUAUAAUAAUUCAAUAUUAAUUCUUCCAAUUAUGAUGUUCUCGAAUGGGGUCAUUCUCCUAUAGCUAAUCUUGAAAGGGUUUUUUUCAUUUUAAAAGUUGUGAUAAGAAUUUGUUCAUUCGAGCCAAAUUUUUUUUAUAAGGAUAUAAUUUCAAAGUUGCGAGAUAUCCAUCAUUUAAAAUAUAGAAGAUCUCAUGUAUAGUAUUAGCCAUAGGCGGAUCCAGGGGGCCCGAGCCCCCCCCCCCCCCCUAUUGGCGGAGCAAAAAAAGGAAAAGGGGAAAGAAAGAAAAAAAGAAGGGAAGAGAGAGGAGAAAAAAAGGGGGAAACAGAAGAGGAAGUAGACGAGUGAAUAAAAUAACGUGAGGGUAAGACUUGGAAAAUAAUUAAGAAAAUCUUUCAUGUCAUUAAACAAAAAUUUCGCUCGCCCUUAAAUAUCUUGUUCAAUAUGGAGUUUAAAUAUCAAUAUAUAAUAUACAAAACAUAUUUCAUCUCGGAAAUCGAAAUUUCAUUAUUUUGUGUGAUUUAAAAAUUGACUUUUAAAAAGUGCUCUGUAAAAAUGUCAGUUUUAUGGUCUGAAUAUUAACAUUUUCUGCUCGCUCGCAAAUUUUGAUUUAUCAGGUUACCUAUUAUUUUCGUGCAUUCCAUAAAGUUUUCAAAAUAUCCCUUUUCAGGUCUGAUUGUCAAAACGUAUCAGCUAGCAUUUUUUUAGCGAUUUAUAUAUGUCUCAACAUUGAUUAUACAACAAACUACUUAAAAUCCACUUUUCAUAACAGUGUAUAAAAAAAAAAUUAGGCUUGCAAUUUGCGCUCGCAUUAAUGGUUAAUAAUAUAUUAACUGAUGCAUCCUAGUUAUAAUUACAAAAGUGAUUGAAAUGUACAGUUCUCAGGCCAUCAAAUCAUCAGAGUUCGUGCCCUCAUUAGGCAUUAAUGAAUAAGAUAUUAAUUUAAUGAUUUAAUUAUUGUCCCCUUUGUUUCAUAUCGAGCUUAGCAAGAGGAAUAGGAAGACAUGCAGUCUUCAUUUUCAUAUGAUGACAUGUCCUAUAAGGACAUUAUUAUUAUCCAGUUUCAGAUCACAAUAUCAAAAAAAAUUUGCUCGCGCUUUGUGUUCUCAUGAUUAAUGUACAAAUAUCCCCUAUUAGGCUAUUACUCAUUCUUUUCAUGAUUUACAAAACAUGAAUAGAUUGUCCCGUUUUUAGGUCUAAAUCCCGAUUUUUUUCCGCUCGCGAUUUGCGGUCUCAUCAAUUGUUUAGUUAUACAGUGCGUAUAAAAAAAGUUUACACUUUGAAAAAGCCCUGGGAAUAAAACAAUAUACAACAUUUGGGUAAUUUUUUCACAUAUAAUCUUGGCUUUGGGUCUCAUCUAUCCAAUGAAAGUAAAGGUUUUGACAGAAUGUUACACUUGAGUGAGUACUGUCCAUUUUUGUAAAGCUCGCAGAAAUCUGUUUGCGCAGAAAUGCUCGUUUUCAUGCUGUUUCAGAGAGAAAGGGCGAAAUCAAACUUACCCUGCGAAACAUUUCUCACGCAUUUCCCUUGCACUUUUAGUCAGUUGAAAUAAAACUGAUACAUUUGAACUGAAGCAUUUUGUAACAAUUUUGCCACCCGAAUUGAAAUUUCAGCACUUAGAAAGCACAUCCUUUACCCUUUUGUGCCAGCUGGAUCUGAGGACAUAACUGAAUCUGAACAAAAGUUGAUAUCAGACAUCUCCAGCAUUUUUUCACUAAGUUUUUAUCCUUUAAAGUGGGUUUACAUUUCAUUUUUCAUUUAAUACUUGUAUCUCCACACUUUUCCCAAACUUGACAAUGAUUAACAAAAUGAAAAUCAAGCCCAAGCCAUUUCACGUAAAUCACAGCUCAGUGUAAAGCAAAUAUCGUCACGAUGGCCUCGGUGUGUGGGGGAGUGGGGUGGGGCGCAAUGCACUCUUCGAAGUGUUUUGGGCAAGGAAACAAGUUUAAAAAGGUAAAAGAUAUCGUCAAAUCAAUUUUACUAGCUAAAUUCCACGUGUUCUUUAAAGGUCUACUUUUAUUCGCAUAACUAUUUCAAAGUUCAAAUUAUUUUUCAAUAACUUUUCAAAAGUAAGUGGUGCUCACUCAAGCGGAAAUAUUUUUGCAAAAUUAUAUCGUCAUUUGCUGAAAUGGAGCUGUACCAAUGUUAAAAUGUGGAAAAUCUUCAGGAUAUUACAAAUGUACAAUUUUACAGUAUUUUUUCUAGUUGUAAUUUUUUUUGGAUACGCACUGUAUAGCUAUCUUGUUCACGAUAAUAAAAAUUGAUUAAAACUUUCCAUUCUUUAUGAAGAAAUGUCAAAAAUUUUCAUCUCUCUCUUCGCGCUCGCAUUAUUUGAUUGUUCAAAUAUGUAACGUCUUCAUGGCUAAGUGACAGUCCUUAACAGGUACCUUUUCGAUCAGUUCAAAACGCAUAUGAAAAUUUUCUGCUCGCGCUUUGCGCUCGCAUUAUUAAUGUAAGGAAGAUCUCCAAUUACUCAUCCUUUUCAUGAUUUACAAAACAUGAAUAGAGUGUCUCGUUCAGUAGGUCUCAAUCUCAAAAUAUUCCGCUCACGCUUCGCGCUCGCAUUAAUUGUUUGGUUAUAUACCUAUUCUGUUUAAGUUACAAAAGAGUGCUUAGAAUUUCCAUUCUUCGGGUAAAAAUGUCAAAAAAUUUCAGCUCGCCCUUCGCGCUCGCAUUAUUUGAUUUUUGAAAUAUGAAACGUCUUCCUGGCUAACUACAUUCAAUCUUUAACAUGUACCUUUUCCGACAGUUUAUUUCCGCUUGCGCUUUGCGUUUUGCGUUCUUAUUUAGUUGCAUACACGUCUUUAUCAGGAUAACAAACAUAGCCCAGAAUGUUCAAAUUUUAAGAUUUCCUAAAAAUCUAGCCGGCGCUUCGCGCUCGCAUUAUAUAAAUAAGGAUUAUGAUAUUGAAGAAACCGUGCAGGUUCCUCGUUUGAGAUAUACACCCGACAGAAAACAUUGCUGGAGUCAAGUUUUAGAUUGGUGACUUUUAAUGAAGGAGAAAGAAACCCCUGCAUUGUACAGAAAUAAAAACAGAAAUACAGAAUAUGUAAAGGCGGUCGAUGGAUCACAUAUCAGGUAAAUCAUAG